AUGUGGGCAUUUUCAACUAGGAAUCUUUAUUUUGAUGCUGAUGAAUGUCUACGUCACUUUCCGACCCUCAGUCGAGAACUGAGAGACCAGAAAAGUCGCAGAUAUGUCGAUUGGGUCGAUCAUGUGGUGGAACAACAUAGGGGAUCAAGCAUUGAACAAUUUAGGGUUUGCUUUCGUUUAAAUAGUCGUUUUGCAAGUUCCCUUGAUAAAUGGAUUGAGUUUGCACUGGAAAAGAGGGCUCAGGUCCUUGUUUUGGAGCUCUUGCUGCUAAGUGAUGAGUGGUUUAGGAAAGAUUCUUAUACUUUUCCCCAGAAACUAUUAGAUCUAAACUACCAAUUCUUGUCCAAAUGUCCAGUUCUUGAACGAUUAUCCAUAUAUUAUGCUAGAAAUCUGGUCAAUUUUAAAGCCGCCGGUCCGUCAAUUGCGUUGAAGCAUUUGGUGAUCAAGCAUUGUUUUGCCUUAAAAAGCAUUGAGGUUUGUGACGUAGCUGGUCUCAUUUCGUUUACUUUUGCGGGUUAUGAAAAUGAAGUAAGUUUGUUAAUCUUUAAUCUACCACUUCUCGUUGAGAUCCAUGCAUGCAUAUACAUUCACAAGUUCCCUCUCAUCCGUGGUUCUUUUGGCCAACUCUCACUCUCUAGUUGUCUUCCUCAGCUAGAGACCCUAGGGUUGUCGAUCAGUAGUCACUUAUAUUUUGACUUUGAGCAGCUGAAUGACAUGUUUCCAAUUCCUACAUUGCUACCAAAUCUAAAGCAUUUGGAACUAGCAGUACUCGAAACAGAUGCUUAUGGUCUUCAAAAAUUAUCUUCUUUCUUGAAGGCAUCUCCUCAUUUGCAGAUACUUGUAUUACAGUGUAUAUUCUCAUCUACCGAGCCGCCCUUUGAAGAACAAUUAGGGCAAGCUGGUGAAUGCAAACAUCAUAAUCUUAAGGCGGUACAAGUGGUAGGGUAUCGGGCGAGAAAAACUAUUGCCCCGUAUGUCAACUACUUGAUAGAGAAUGUUUUAUCACUUGAGAAGAUUGUUAUUGAUCCUCGUCGACGGGAAUUUCAUUAUACUGGAAUGGACAAGCGUAUUGAAGAGGUGGAGGAGGAAAGGAAGGCAUGCAAGAGAUCACGCAAUGCAUCAACUGAAGAAACAAGUUCCUUCAACUAUUGA